AACAUGGUGCACUGGGAUGUGCUGGAGGAUUGCCUGGUGGGCAGCAAAGGAGACCAAGGAAGAGAUGGAGGAAGACCCAGAGGAGAACAAGAAGGAGACCAGUCUGCCACCACCAAGCCUCCCACUUCAGAUAUGGACAGCCCACAUGGGGCAAGCUCAGUGCUGGGAUCUAGAGACAGCUCGGUGGAGCUGAAGGAUCCAGGGACAGCUCUAACGGCCCCUAAGCAGCAGGCAAGCGUUCCCUCAGAUCAGAGGAGGAACGCUAGCACCACAGCGAUGAUGCAGACAGUGUGUCAGGACGCACAGACCAGCAGCUUGGGGACGCAGCCAACCCAGCCAGAGUCCACGGGCACCCAGACCACCACCCUGGGGAUGCAGCCAGAGCCCACCGUCCCUCAGACCACCACCUCAGGGGAGCGGCUCGGCACACAGCUUCACGAGGCAGGCCCCCUGGCAGCAGGGACUCUCUUGCCGACAGCCCAGGGAUUCGAGAUCCCGCUCGACACUGAUCCCAGGGCCACGUCCCACUUGCAAGAGCUGGCCUUGCCCUCGCGCUCCAGCAGUGCCUACCACAACGCCUACAAUUGCUACGUGGAGACGGUGGAGGCUCUCAAGCAGAUUGGGGAGCUCAGACACCUCUGUGCUCCCCUGAAGGAGCAGGUGGCCCAGCUAGAAGCCACCAAAUUGGACGCGACUGAACUGGAGAAGCUGCGCCUGCUCCUCCAGGAGAGAGGCCAGGAGAGCGUUGCCAACACGCUGGGUGACCUCCAGGCCCCGGUGCCAUCCCUGCAGGGCCUGGCCAGUGACCUGCAGGGCUUGUCCAGGGACCUGCAGGGCGUGGCCAGGGACCUGCAGGGCGAGAAGGGAAAGAUCAGGAAGCUGGAGAGUGCCCUUGGCAAACUGGAGGCAGCCAGAGCCAGCUGGCAAAUGGACCUCAGCAACCAACGCAGCCUGCCAUUGGGGUCCACACCGCAGGAGGUAAAGUGGGACAGGAAGGAUCUGGCAGAGAAGCAGCAAAUAAGCAAGGCUGCACUGGAUCAGUUGGUGGCCCAGACGGGCGAGGAGGAGCGGGAGCAGCUGGAAGAGCUGAGCGUGAUGGAGAGCACGGGGCAGGAGGAGGCCGCAUGCCCCACCUGCAGCAGCAACGUCAGCACGCGUUUGGGGAAGCUUCUGCAGCGCUAUGAGAAGCUGCAGGGGUUGGUGGACUCCCUUAUGUCAAGCAAGAAGAGGGGCAAGGUGGUGAGGGAGCUGCCAGGGAAGAGCCAGGGAGAUGGCAGCAUGGGGGACUUUGGGAGGGGGCUGCCAGAACCAUGCCCGGCU